GCUGAUGAUGCAGUCUCCGUGGAGUUGCAUGCCCGCUGCCUGGCAGAGCCUCAGAAAGAGAGGGACGGUGUGAGAGAGAAAAGGGGGGAAUCAUUCGCGUCCCCAUUACCUCACAUUGUGUGCAUAUAUACAUGUUGCACUGCAGUUGAUGUUUUGAGUUUGAGCGAUAGCCUUGAGGAGGGUGAUGACUUGUAGUGGGAAGGAAGCUCACUGAGAGAGGAGGGAAGGAGAGGAAGGAAGAAGUGUAAAUUGAGAGUGCGGGAUCGCAAUUGAGCGAGAGCGAGACGGUAGCAGUGAGAAUUGGAGUAGAAGGGUAGCGAUAGCAGUGUGGGUGGGGUAGAGUUUUUGCUUCGUGGGUGAGAGAAGUGUCGGUGUUGUUUCCGCUUGGAGGUGGUGGUUCCGUUUCUCGAACUGAGUCUGUUUUCUGGUGUUAGGUGGUAAGUUAGUUAGUGAGUUAGUUUCGUGUGUGGGGAAAAAAAUUAGGAGCGGAAUUUCUCGUUCUUGAGAGGAGUUUGUAGACAGGACCUGGAAGAUUUUAAGCGCUGUUGAUCUUUUGUGUAUUUUUUUGUUUUUGGUUCAUUUUGGUUUAUUUUUAAUAUUUUGGUGUUGAGCCUUUACCGUUUUUGGGUUCGAAUUUUCAUCAGUGUGGGAGUUUGGAGUGUGAAUUCUGAGCAGUUGUAGAACGUCGCUGCGGGCUACGGUUUGAGAAUAGAGUGUAGAAAGUUUUAUUUCGAUAGUGGGAGUGUAGAGUGUUUGCUCUUCGCCACGUGGGACUUCAUAGUAUGUUAACGAGAGAGGAGUAGCUAGUGUGAGGAGGAUGCUAAGUUCUUUGCGAGAGAGGAGUAGCUUGUGUGAGGAGGAUGUUAAGUUCUUUGGUGUUCAUAAUCGGUGACUGAGAGUAAAAUAUAUACCCAGUUUUGAGAUCUUCUGUGUUUAAUGAAUGCUUUGAAAUCUGGCUCGUGUGCACUUAUUUCUAUGGUGUGAUUCUUUGAUGUGAUGUUUUUUUUGGUAAUGUUGUUCCGAUUUUUUGAGUGCUUCUUGCAAGUGCUUUAAGAAGUCUGUUUCCUGCUGCCUUGUUUUUGUGUGUGGUCUAUCAUUGCUUUCGUCUUCAGUAUGGCUUUAAGGGAGUUUGUUUGUCCCGACACGUUUUAAAGCUGCUUGUAUGUUUGCUAAUUGCAUGUUUUUUUCCUGUCUCUUCUCCGUGAGUUGUCCGAUGCUCUAAUGAGAAUCUGCUCAUGCCCAUCUUUGAUUGAAUAGUAGUAUCGGAAGUGAAGGAGUCGUAGCGAGCAUCCAUGACCGUGAGCAUGGAAUUGGCGUCUUGGAAGCAGCUGCCCUCAGAUUUGCAGGUCUUCACAUUGGCCAAGCUGCCUCUGCGGCAAUUAGUUAGCUCCCGCUGCGUGAGUAAAGAGUGGCUAUCUUUCGCGACCGAUGAAAACACCCUGGCUUUCUCGCGGUCAUCGAUAACGCCCCUCAUGGCAGAACCGAUGCUGGCUAUGGGUUACGAUGGUAAAGAAUCGUUGGAAUGGGCGACCUACAACUGUGAAUCUAACCAGUGGUCCAUCAUGCCACCUUUUCCCGACAUUGUUUUAGAAGCUGCUUCAUCGGGUGAGAAGAUAGAUUACUGCUCUGCGGGUGGACUUUUGUUCUUCAUGCUAUCCAGUUACCACAACUACACUGAGACGAAAUGCCUGGUGUACAACCCGUUGACGAAACGCUCGAGGGAGUUGCCUGUGUUUCGUAGAGAAUGGGUCGUGGGGGCCUUCUCGCAUCCUAUCGUGGACACUCAAGCUGACACUUACAAGUUUGUGAUGGGGGACCAAGAACACUGGGCAUGCUACUCGUCUACUUCUGGGGUGUGGGAUGAGGGUAGCAUAGAUGCUGUUGGAUGCCUCGCAAGUGCCAACAGAGGUGUUCAAUGCAAAAAUCUUUUGUUUUUUGUGGCUCCUACCAUGCGAGGAAAGAGUGAUCUUGCAACUUACAAUCCGGAGAAGAAUGUAUGGCUCACUACCUUCGAUUACGAGCGGGCAGUUGAGGUGGGUUAUCAUCUUAACAAUCGCGGUUACUCUGAGAACAACCGCAUCUUCGAAUGGGACGAGUCUCUGUUUCUGUUGACAACGCUGGAUGGUCGGUUCUGUGAGCUGGAUCUGGUCACCAAGGACUGGAACCUUAGGUUUGAAAUGCCACGUAGACUUUUAGGAGAAUUCGAAAAGAUCCAGAAUUGCAUCGCAAGUGGCAACAGGUUAUUUGUUGUAGGCAGUGCCAAAUCACCCAGAUACACCUCGCUAAUUUUACUGUACUUGAAGGAUCAGAACUCGUGGAGAAAACUUAAGCCAUGUCCAUUAACUUCAAGUUUGAGCUUCUACAGGAACACUUUGACCGAUCCAUUCUUUGCAAAUACAGGUGCACUGAUUCUGAUUUGUAUCCUUGUGCAUGCCUUUUGCGAACUCGUUGAUUUUGUUUCAUACGACGCUUUACAAAGUCAUGCUACUGAACUUAGAGCUGGAAUAAAAACACUUGCUCUUGAUGUACAGAGGUUGAACGCAGAGGUUAUGAUUUGAUGUAGUUGUAACUUGAACCCGAAUGCUCCCCAUACAACCUUAAUGUCCGGGCCGAGAAGAGCAGCAAUGAAUGGGAGGUUGCUGACGAUGAGAGUCUGAUUCCUAGAAAGACGAUCCGAACAGCUGACUCAGUGGAAACAGUCGGUCCAAACUGAGUUUGUUUCCAACCUUUCAUCGUGGGCUUGUUCGUGGGAUUGGAAGAUUGGAUCAUGCAUCACUUGCAUGGUCGUGAUUUUCUUGACAAGGAAGAACAAUUGCUUGAAAGAAGCUCAUGCAUGUGUUUUCAGAGAUGCCCACCUGUAUUACUUGUUGUACGCCUACACCAUCUGACAUACACCCGCUUUUUAGGGUCCUUUUAGGAUGAUUACAUGAUAUCAGAAUGAUUGCAACAUGGGAACCAGAUAUGGUGAACACAACCCUACCUGUAUAUAAAAAUAGAUAUAAAAAUAGAAUCUUCUUCAUUCA